AUGCCUACAAUGCCAUGGACCAAGUGGCCACUGCUGCUGGUGCUGGGGCUGCUGCUGGUCCUGCACCUGGCCAAUGCCGAUGUUAGCCAUCUGUCCAAAAACUAUUUGCCACCGGAUCCCAAGUCGUCGGCCGCGCAGCCCCUGGCGGACGAGCCAGCCCCUGUGGAGCCUGGCAAGGCCAACGAUGGCAGCUACUAUCCCGGCGGGGGUCUGACGCUGCCCUCGGGCUACUCAGUACCCACCGGCAGCAAUGUCCCACAGCCGCACAGUGCACCGCCCAAUUUCGCGCUGCCCAUUUAUCCGCCGUACUUUGGAUUCAACGGCGGUGGCGCGGAUGCCUUCGGCAAUGGGUUUGCCAAUGGAGCACAAGGACCCCAAUUCCAACAGCCUGGCCAGUUCCCAGUUGGUCCUCAGCCUGGCCAGUUUCCAGUUGGUCCUCAGCCUGGUCAGUUUCCAGUUGGUCCUCAGCCUGGCCAGUUUCCACUUGGUCCUCAGCCUGGCCAGUUUCCACAGGGCGCUCAGUUUGUAGGAGGGCAACAAGGCCCUCAGUUUACGCCUGGACAACAGGGCGGAGGUUUUCCAAUUGGCCCACAGGGCGGAGGCUUUCCAGUUGGACAACAGGGCGGAGGUUUUCCAAUUGGCCCACAGGGUGGAGGCUUUCCAGUGGGACCCCAAGGCGGCGCCUUUCAAGUCGGCCCAACGACCUUUGCACCCGAUUACCUGACCAUGCAAGGACUACCUGCAGCCGCCAUACAGCUGCCCUUCCAGCAGAACGUCGGCUUUGGCCCACAGACUGGCUUUGGCGGUCCACAGUCCGCACAUCACUUCCAGCACCUGGUCAACGUGGGUCAGCCAUUCGUGCCCAGCUUCGGCAUACCCGGCCAAAACUAUCAGCCGCAUCCACAGCCUUUCGCCGACGAGCCGCAGCCAGAGGGCAAGGCGAAGCCAAAGAGCACAGGCGCCAAGGCACUGGCCAAGUCCCAAAACAAGGAGACCAUCUACGCCUCCAACGGUGGCUACGUCUACAAGCGCGCGAAAUGA